ACACACACAAAGAGAGAAAGAUAGAGAGGGAGAGACAGAGAAGGAAAGUGAGACAGGAGCAAUCACAAUAGCUGGAAAGACAGGGACAGCCGGGCACAGGCAGAGGCAAGUAGGACAAAAGGGCAAUAUUAGCAGGAGAACGAGACUGCCAGAAGCUGAAAGACAGACAAGGAAAAAAGAAAAGCUGGGGAGAGACAGGCAGGCUGUGCAAAAAGACUGGGAGAGACAGCCAGAGAGCGACAGGUGGGCAAACACAAAAGGAGUUACUGUAUUGGAAUAGACAGACAGGGGCAACUAUACAGGGUGUGACUGUGGGUAAUCAACCUGGAGCAGAUAAAAUAAUUAGAAACAUCAGGGGGCAGAAUCACAGCCAGGGGUCGAUAUUUUAAAUCAGAGACAGUCGGGGUUCUAGGGAGAGGAAAGAGUGAGGGGCAAGAGCACUUGACAGUCAUACAGUGACCUAACCCUACAAGAUGGUGCUUAGUGAGCACCUGCUGCUGGUGUUGCUGUUCGCGGUACUUUGCGCACCAGCAGCUGUAGCCGAGGUGUUGUUCCGCUGCCCUCCAUGUUCCGCUGAGCGGCUGGCUGCUUGCCCUGGUAACACUCCGCGCCCCCUGUGUGCAGAGUUGGUGCGUGCGCCUGGGUGCGGCUGCUGCCCUGUGUGCGCAAGGCUGGAGGGAGAGUCGUGCGGGGUUUACACUGCUCGAUGCGCCGGAGGGCUCCGCUGUUAUCCUCACCCAGGAUCAGAGCUUCCCCUGCAGGCGCUAGUCUUGGGACUGGGAACUUGCGGCAAGAGGAAAGACGCAGAGGAUGGGAGCAGCCAGGAGCGGGGUACAGAACUGCCAGAGGACCGGUCGGAUAACAUGCUAGUCGAUUAUAAUUUAGAUGCUGGGCAGCCAGUACCCGGAGAGUUCAUGCCGAGGAAACCCUCAAAAACCUUGAAAGAGCAUGCAGUGAAUAGGGAGAGAGCCAACGAGCAACACAGAUCGAAGAUCAACAAAAGUGAGGACAAGAAGAGACCAGCCAGGAGCCUUUGUCAGCUGCAGCUGGACCAAGUUUUGGAACGGAUCUUGGGUAUGCACCUCCCUGAUGACAGAGGUCCCCUGGAGCACCUUUAUUCGCUUAACAUCCCCAACUGUGACAAGAAUGGAUUCUUUAAUCUCAAACAGUGUAAGAUGUCCUUAAAUGGUCAGCGCGGAGAAUGCUGGUGUGUAAAUCCGAUCACCGGGAAGGUUCUGCCUGGAUCACCCAAUGUCCGAGGGGACCCUGAAUGCCACUUGUAUUAUACAAACCCAGAGGAGGAGCGUCGAGCACAUACUCAGCGAGCUUCACAAUAAGAUCAGAAACUGGUAGCGGCAAUCCCGGUCUGCUUUGCCGCCGGCUAAAUUUUUGUUUUCAUGCACUUUGGAUUAAACAAUCACCAUUGUUGCCAUAGCUUUGAAAGUGGUAUUUGGCUGGUUGAUGUAUUAGCCGAAAUCCUCACUGGAGUUUCCAUUUACUGAAAAAAAAACCUUUCCAGGUGCCAAAAUCCAGGUGGUUGGAUAAACAAGGAAGGGAGGAUUUGGGAGAAUAAGUCAGAGCCAGACGGUGAGACCAUCCCAAUUUCAUUAGCCAAUCAGGACUUAGCAAAUAAACCAAAUAACCAGGCCCUUGGGUGUCACAAUGGUUGUAUUAAUGUUGUACUAAACCUACCUAGCACCAAAGCAUAUAAACACCAAAAUAUAUAAACCCCCAUGGUGCAGGUUAUCUAAGCAACAAAAGCUUGAGAGUGUCUUUUCGCUUGGCAUGUUCCACUCUGCUAGGACCCAUUCUUCCUUCUUUUAGAAGUCAGUUCUCGAGGGGAGUUCUCAUACCCUAUUUAUUACACAAUUUUGGUGCAAAUUCCUUUUUUCAGUUUCAAUACUUUGAUCUUGUUAACAAUAAAGUCUGGGAAUCUGGGAAUGUUAAAA